GAGCUCCACGUGCUGUUCUUACUUCUCCACCUCCACGCUCUCUGGGAUGCUGAGAUCAUAUAACUCCAAAGUGAAAAGAUUGCUUUUCCAUUCCCAAAUCACAAGUGGAGGCCUUGGAUUUGCUCGGUACAAUAUUAACAUUCCGUGGGAUUCAACUUUAUCCUCUCUUCAAUUCAACUCUCAAUCUCAUUUCUCGACUUUAUCUUUGUUCAAUUUCCCAGUUCUUCAUUCAACUCAUUUGCAGUUUUGAUGGGGGAGUCGGAAAUGACCAAAUCCAGCUUAAAUGUCAACAAGAACGGGGAAGAUAGAUCUCCCAGGGCUCUAAAUCCUGCAAUUUCCACAUUUCUUUUGCAGCUUCCCCACAAGUUUCAAAAUACUCUCAAGUCACAGCUCAGUAAAUUAGCCAAAAAAGAUGUCAAUUGGGUGAGCUCUGUCCAAAGGAAAGAGUGUGGGUCAGUUAAUGGCUAUGAAGCUGAAUUAGAUGAGCAACUGCGAGCAUGGAGACAAAAUCCUUCUUGGGUUGAUAAUCCUUCUAAAAUAAAGGUGACUGUACCAAAAGGUUCUCUUUGCAACCUGAAUGUAGAAGUCAAUGUUGGCCUCCCGCCUGAUGCAGUAUACAAUAUAGUGAUUGAUCCUGACAAUAGAAGAGUUUUCAAAAAUAUUAAGGAAGUAAUAUCCAGAAAAGUAUUGGUUGAUGAGGGCCAAAGGCAAGUGGUUGAACUCGACCAAGCAGCGAUAUGGAGAUUUCUUUGGUGGUCAGGAACCAUAUCUGUUCAUGUUUUGGUAGAUCAAAAUAGAGAAGACCACUCUAUGAAGUUCAAGCAAGUUAAGACUGGAUUCAUGAAAAAAUUUGAGGGUUGCUGGAGGGUAGAACCUCUAUUUGUUGAUGAAAAUAUUUGUUAUCCUUUUAAACCAAAGACAAAGGAAGAAUACAAUGUAUGUACCAGAGGCAAGGGAAGAAUAGGGUCUAGAGUGAGCCUGCAACAAAUACUUGAGCCAACCAUUGUCCCACCCCCUCCCAUAUCCUGGUAUUUGAGGGGAAUUACCACCCGGACGACUGAGAUGCUUAUAAACGACCUACGUGCCGAAGCUGCCAGAAUCAGAGAGGGAUUUGAAGCUGGAAUGUCUAAGGGAGAGCUUGGGGAAGCAUCCAAUGAAAACCAAGAUCUUGUUGGUGACUCAAGUGACAUAAAAGAACGAUGGCUUUUGCGUCGAAAAACUGCAAAGAAGAAUCGGAGAAGACUUCAUCCUACCAGCUGAUUACUUGUUUAAAAUGCCAAGUAUUGUUCUCUGAAAGCAGCAAUGAGUUUGUGAGAGUGUUGCCAAGUAUUGUAAAGUAAAAGGUCUAAAUUGCUGCAUAGUAUUUCAUGCCAUACAAUUGGCCACUGAUAUCUGAUGUAACUGUCAAGAUUUAGUGAUGAGCCGUUUAUAUUAGGAGAUAUGCUACUUUGUGCAUCUUAUUACAUGCUGUUAACCUUUAUAACGCUGAUCAAUUUAUGAAAAAUUGGUCAUUAAUUUCAUCUCAGUUGUAUUUUC